AUGGAAAUUUGCGAAGGUGGAAACGCCUCCUCGUUGAUAUCGGUGACGGAACGGCGACAUGGUGUGAAUUUCCUCCGCCCGAUGCAUGAUUGCUGUGAUAAGGAAAUUCGUUUGGUGAAUCAGUUGGAGCAAUACGAUGCGUACUGUGUCAAUGAGAAUGAGGAGCCGAUGAACGAUUUGACGAGCAUUCACAAAGUUGCUUCGAAUUUCAUCGCCAAUUUGCAAAGAGAAGGAUUCACGGCAACAACGACGACUCUUUUGUCGAGCACAUCGAAGAUUGUGAGUGGAAUGAUCAAAACGGGUAUCUCGUGUCGAUUGUGUGAUGAACCGAUGGAGAAACGAGAUUUCGAUGACUCUUCGAACGAUUUGCAAGUUUCAUUUUUAUGUCCUUCUUGUUUAGAAAUUCGAUCCGAAUGUGAGAAUUUUGAUCUUUUUGACUCAUUGUUACUU